AUGGCGUCGGCGCCCUUGAGCGAUCUACUAUCCGUACCCUUUGGGCCUUUCAGGGACGAAGACGUCUUGACCGACGCCUGCAAGAGCGUACCCUCCAAUGUUCUUGGCCUCCAUGAUUUCAUGCUUGAGUUUCGUGGAAAACCGAUAGGACUUACCCAAUCUGAGGCCUACCAGCCAGAGUAUCGAAAAGAAAGCGCCGAAAGGGUGCGCUUUCGGGGUGUAUUGGAGAUCAAGUCUCCCUCUUGGCUUACACUCGUAGCUCGCAAGAGCAUCGAAGAGGAGAUCCAUAGGCGAGACCGAGUCCUCGCUGAAAGAGGCGGUCGUCGGGUGCCCUCUAAGUCUCCCGACCUCGAAUGGAUCUAUAGACAGCGUGGUUAUAAUGCAAACGUUAUCAAGGUCUUGAUACAAGGCAUGAAAUACUUGCCCGCUGUUUUCUUGAUGAGUAAGGAGGUCCCAAAUGGUCUGAGAAUACACAGCAAGCAUAAUCAGCUCAUACCUCUCUUUCAGUAUCUCUCUCGAUACCGCACCCUCCGUUUACUAUCCGACCUCAUCAAGGUUCACGCGCAAACCCUCUCUUCCACCGGCGACCGCACCGCCCCACGCGAAGACCGCACCGCCGCGUGGUUUGCUGACCUUUACGAGGAGCACAUGAGCCGUUCCUACUUCGCGCGCACGCGAAGGCUCAUCUACGACUCAGGUGACUCUGACAUCGAACCCCGCAGCGGUGGAAAACUCAAGCCCGGGCAUGAGCACAUACUACGGCACAUCCCCCGCGCGGAAGUGCUCUCCCUGCUCGCUGCGAACGCCAAGUGGGUGUUGGAAGAGCAGUCCGCGCGGCAAGGUAACACUAGAUUCCUUGACAUAGAGGUGUGGAACACGUGGGUGCAAGAGUCCCGUGCGGCCAGACGAGACGCAGCCAGACAGGGCGCCAAAUGGGGCAGAGACCUUGUUGAAACCUCCAGUGACGACAGCAGCGAAGACGAACGUCCCCCACGAAUGAUGCGUAACAAGCCCAAGUCGAAGGCAUCGACCGGCUCCAAGGCCGUCGCGCGUCGUUCGCCCUCAAUCAGCGAGCGGAUGGUCGUCGAUAAUGUUGACCUGAGCGUCCUCCGCUCCUACGACCCAGACUUUUCACCGCCUUCUACGCCAGAUGCAUCCGACAGCGAAUCGGAGCAUUCUCUCCCGUCGCGCCCAUCCACACCUCCCAACCCGUCCAUCUACGCUCUCAUCCACCCUGCAUUUUUCAACCCCCCUAGGCUCCCUACGGACGACUUCACGUGGGUGUGCCCCGUCGACGACUGCCACUAUCGCAUCGCAAUGUUGAAUCUGACUGAGGGGAACUGCGCGAAACUUGACCCAGACGAUGCGCAGCGCCUCAAGGCGGGUAAUUGGCGCUUCCGAGAGAUUUGGGUGCAAGGGUGCUUUAGGUGGAUGGUCUCUUGUCACUUUGAAGAUCAUCUUGAUAAAGAAGGAAUUGUGGUGGGAGAGGAUGGACGACCGGAAUGGAAAAAUCCCCGGCAUCAUGAGAGCACCCCUUGGCCGCCCUCUCGCAUUGUACAACAAAGGGCUCGGGCGAAUCCGGUCAAGGAGGAAAGCGACUGA